AUGGCCGCCUACAGGCUCAUUGUGAUGUGGGCCACGGCCACGGCCGUCUUACUCCUCGAUCCAGUGGCUGCGGCGUCACCGCAGGUGAAUUUCCCGCUCAACUCACAGUUUCCACCCGUUGCGCGUGUUGGACAGCCAUACUUCUUCAAAUUCGCAUCUACGACCUUUCAACCAAAACCCGAUGACCUGCAGUACUCCUUGAUCGGUAACCCCUCAUGGCUGGCCCUCAAUGGAGAGAACCAAACACUAUCGGGUACCCCUGGCGCUGGCGACAUAGGAGAAAUCACUUUCAUCAUUGCCGCCGCUGGCGAAGCUGGCGCCGUAGCCAAUAUGGAGUCGAGACUGCUUGUUACAGAUGCCGAAGCUCCAAUCGUAAAGCAGAACGUAUCGGAAGAUCUCGCUACGGCCGGUCCACUUUCCGGGCCGCAGACUUUGACUCUGGGCCCUUCCAAAAGUUUCGAGGUGAAAUUUCCGAAAGAUACCUUUUCAAAUGUCGACAAGAAUACAAAGUACUAUGCUAGCCUGGCUGAUCAUACGCCACUUCCAGCGUGGAUCAGCUUCGACGAGGCGUCAUUGCGGUUUGCAGGGAUAACUCCUGCGAUCGUGAUGUCGGCACAGACAUACGAUAUGCUGCUCAUUGCGUCUGACAAUCCUGGGUUUGCGGCGGCGACUAUGUCAUUCAGCCUUGUCAUCAGCUAUCAUCAACUGUCAUUCAAUCCCCUACACCGGGAGAUCAUUCUUGCCAAAGGAGACCAGGUCAAUAUCACGGGCUUGCUGAACUUCCUUUUCAUGGACGGGGCGCCAAUGCGAGAGCAGGAUAUCAAAUCAGCUUCCGCCAUUCUUCCUUCCUGGCUGUCAUUCAAUGAUCGAACACUGGAAAUAGCUGGAAAGCCGCCCUCUGGACUCAUGUCCCAGGAUAUCACUGUCUCCGUUGAAGACGUGUUCGGCGACACAGCAGAGCACUCAAUCCACCUGCUUUUCAAAUCUCAACUCUUCCGGAACCAGAUCGGAACGUUGAACAUAACUGCGGGGAAGCCCUUCGAAUACCAGAUUCCUUCUUCAGUUUUCCUCAAUGUUGACGAGACCGUCAGUCUUGACUUCGGGCCUCUAUCUGAGUGGCUCAAGUUUGAUACCAAGACGCUCAUCAUAAGUGGCUCAAUUCCGGAAAACUUCAAAGCUGGCAGCGUUGAGGCCAUGCUCUCUGCGACUUCAGCUGAUGGCAAGUUACAUGACUCCCAAACUUUCCUCAUUCAAGUCCUGAGCGCCGAGAAUGGCGAAGGCUCAAUUGCUGGAGGGGCGGGCACGCAAAGGCCCAAUGCUGCUGGCCCCGACUCUGAUGCUUCUAAUUCCCACCAUCAUUCGAGGUCGAAGGCAGGCAUCAUUGCUGGGUCCGUGGUAGGUGCCGUCAUUGGUGCCAUGUUAUUGUUCGCCUUCGGGUGCAUAUUGUGCAGACGCAAAAAGAAUACAAAGGGGUAUUUCAGCCCUAGAAGCCCACGAAGCCCGAGGAAACAAGACAUCUCACGACCGAUUAUGAUACACGAUGACUGGGACACUACAGAUAGGGAGAUGGAACAGGACCUGGAGAAAGGCGACGCUUCCUUGGACUCAACGCCAGAAGGCCUUCCUCAACUGAAACUCGACUUGGCCCCAAGUCGCGAUAUCAGCAAAUCGCCUGUUAGUUCGAUUGGCGAAGGCGAGUCUAAGAUUCUCAGCGACUUUGCCGAGUCCGACUGGGGUAUGAAAGAUGAAGCUGGACCGUCACACCGUCCCCAUGACUCAAUGAAGAUUCCAACUGCCAUAGCGAGACGGGAGUCGGAUUUUUCGACCUCGUCUAAGAAGCAUCGCCGCCGUACCACGAUGGUGUACCGUGAUUCUCAACGCAGCAACGGCUUACCUGUCAACCGACGCCUGAGCGGGCUAGGCCACGGAUGGCACGCAUAUUCGCCUUCCCGGAGUAACAGUAUAUCGGAAGCUCGACGCACGCUCAGCUCCAACUCCACACGCACCGUCUCUACGAGUAUCCUCUCCACGGUACCUUCUGCUCACGCCCGGCCGCUCGCAACUCGACAUACCACAUCCUUAACAACGCCAAUGCACAAACGUUGCAGCAUCCGUGUGGUGUCAAAGAAUGCGUCUACGUGUGCGAGUCUGAGAGAGCACCCUGACGAGGACGCGAGCUGCAAGCGAUCCGAACAGAGUCCCAAGACGAUGUACGACAACCUGGCGGACCGUCGAACAUUAGCCGAAAAGAGGCAGAGCUAUAUUCGGAAGAGAGCUUCUGCUCAAUCGCCCUUUCCAUUCUUUGGGGCAAGUUCAUCCAGGGUUUCUUCCUCGAGUUACAAGCCGCCUACCAGCGUAAGCGCUGAUGACGAAACAGGCGUACGGCCAUCCCCUUCUCCCCUGGCCACCAGCACUUUCGCAGAUGUUGCGAAAGACAAGGCGCAAAAUCAAGGGAGUGGGCUGCCGGAAUGCUUGAGAAUAAGAAAGCCAUCGGAUACUCCAACUGUAGAAGAGCAAACGAAAUUUCCUGGUAGCCUACACAAACCGCCGACUGCCAGAUCGUUCACAGGUCGACAACCUAAAUCCCCCGCGACAGUAACGGACCGCGAUCGGGUGUACAAACGCUAUCAAAUGUCAAACACUACAGGUCAGGACGCAAAUAGCGGUAGACGGUCGAGCGUCCGUGAGAGUGUGCGCGCACAGGCGUUGAAGGCUAGCUUGAACAGUCUCACAGGGAGCAAGAUCUUCGAAGACGCGGAGGCGAGUGAGAGCGCAUAUUCGUCAGAAGAAGAAGUAAUCGAGGAGUACGAGAAGCGAACCACGGCCAAACCUAGUCAAUUCCCUCUGCCCCCGCUGGACCUCUACCGCCUCAGACAUAGUAGGAGGAAUAGCAAGCAAGAGGACAAGGAAGCGAAGGAUGGACAUAGACGAGAGCUGAAGAAGAUCAGCCAGAGAGAUCCCACUCCCUACCCCUUCGACAACGAACACGGAGGCAAAGAGAAUGAGCCUCACACUCUGAACCACGCCGUCCGGGCUUCAACACCUAAAGACAAAGCCAAAAGCAAACCAGUCAACGUGUGUCGCUCACCCGAACGACCCAAAACCAUUGCCUCCACGACCUCUCGUUCCAAGCUCACAUCGCGCCACUCCCGCUCCAACUCGCGAAUAACCACCCGAUCCAGUACCCAACGCCGUCCCCUCUCCCGUCAACCUUCGAAUCGCUCUCGACACUCACGGACGCAAUCUACCACAGCUGGAACUUCUCGACCUCCGUCUCGCCACUCCACCACGGCGGCCAAAGCGGGAUGCGAUCGUUCACGCACUCAAUCAUCGGCUUACCCCUACUUUGACAUUUCCACCCUCCCAGACACGCUCAGAGAUCCCUCCAAGCCGUCUCAGGAAUCUGACAAACCGCUCGUGAAGCCCGAAAUGGGCACCAUGGCCUCGCUCAUUACGCGAGAUGUCGACGGGAACAUCCUGAACUACGGCCUCCAUGAGCGUCCUACGAUUGAAGAACUAGCGUCCACCUCGAUAGGGAUGCGCGCUUCCAAGGGAAAGCUUAGUUCUUCGGCACGAGAGAGCAGGUUAGCGCAGGAAGCGAAUAAGCGUGAUGGUGCCGAGAACAAGAAGCGCAUUUCGACGAGGGGCGAAGGGUCGAAGCGGAAUACGGUUAUCGUACGGCCAGGCGUGUCGUCGCCGGUAGAGCCUUCGUCGUCACCGGGUCCGUUGGUGGGACAGGCUGCGUAUUCUGCUGGGUUGGGAUUGAGUCUGGGGCGGCUCUUGGACGGUGGGACUGAUACAAGCAUGGGGUUAUCGCUAGGUGGUAGGGAAGACACACCCGGCGCGUUUACCAUGUCGGACGUGGACGCGAAUAGCGAAUGGGUGCGCGAACGCACUCCGCUCAGCGUGCUGGAUGACGGGAAUGGCGGUAGCCCUGAGCGGCUGCGGGUUGUGGAGGGCAAGGGCAAGAGGCCGAUCAGUAAGGAGGUGGAUGAGGAGUUGAAGGUUGGGGCUAGUCGCAAGGCGAGGACGACGACUUGGGGCAGUUUGAAGAGGUUGGGCAUGGGGUGGGGGUAUUGGGAGGGGAGGGAGAGGGAGAGGGAGAGCAAGGCUUUUCUGUAA